AUGUCCUCGGGAAGCGCUUCACACGGUGCGCAGCUCAGGAGGCGGUCUGCCGAUCGUAAGAGCGGGUCGCCGCCGACUAAGCACAACAAGGCGCCAUCUUCAAACAAGUCAAGAUCAUCACCGCGCGCUUCUUCACCAUGGCGCUUGCUCUCGUGGGCCUGUUCGGCGGCAUUGUUCCUGCUUGCCUACCUCACCUACAAGAACAAUGGCGAAUUGCCGUUGCAUCUCAUCCCUACGGCAACACCACCGCCAACGCAUACGCAGCAUUCUGUACCCAAAGAUCUGUGGGGCACGCAGGGCAGACAAUUUCCUACGUCGAACAAACGAGGACCUUCGCUACCGUACACAUUGCCACCAACACGCCCGCUGCCCGAGCAACCGCUGCGCAUAGCCGACGAGGCCAAACGAGACGCCAUCCUGGCCGCUUUUAACGACUCCUGGUCCGCCUACAAACGAGACGCUUGGGGAUACGACGAAUACCACCCCAUCUCCAAGCACGGCUCCAACCUCAGCGGGAAGCAUGGCCAAGGGAUCGGUUACACCAUCGUCGACACGCUCGACACGCUCAUCCUCAUGGGCUUGAAGGACGACUACGAACAGGCUCGCGACUGGGUCAGAGACGAACUGGAUUGGGAUGUUCCUGGGCGGAUGAACGUCUUUGAAACCACCAUUCGUACCCUAGGAGGUCUUCUCUCCGCAGCAGCAUUGAUACGAGACCCGCCACACCCUGCGUUCACUGCCAACGAAGAUGACGCGCAGAUGUUCAUCGGCAGAGCCGUCGAGCUGGCUGAGCGACUCAAACCGGCCUUCGACACCCCGAGCGGCGUACCGCUGCGCGAGGUCGAUCUCGAAACGGGAGAGGCAUUCGCCGAUAUCAACAACAACAACUCUUCCAGCCUCGCCGAGGCGACCACCCUGCAGCUAGAGUUCAAGUAUCUCGCCCACCUCACCGGCGAGUUCGAGUACUGGCGUAUCGCAGAACGCCCCAUGCAAGUCGUACGCAACGCGACGCAACGCUUGCAGCACUACCAAGGCCUACUACCCAUCUUUUUGAACCCGAUGAACGGGCAUUUCUACAACGGAGAGGUGCGGCUCGGAUCUCGCGGCGAUUCGUACUACGAGUACCUCGUCAAGCAAUGGCUGCAAACGGGUCGUACCGAGACCGUAUACAAGGACAUGUACGACAAUGCACUGCGCGGGAUCAAGCGUCUGUUGACCAAGCCGUCGAUCCACUCGAAACCGCCGCUCAUGUUCACGGUCGAGUUGGUACCGAGGAGAGGGCCCGAUGGAAGGCCGUACAUGCAGCUGGUAGCCAAACAGGACCAUCUCGUCUGCUUCCUGGGUGGAUCCAUGAUGCUUGGAUCCACUUCGACAGAGGACAUUUUCGGCGAUGUCGCCAAACGGCCGCUACCGCCCAUCUCUGACGUUGGGCAGGGUGACGAGACGGACAAAGAAGACUGGCGCUUGGGACACGAACUCGUGCGCACAUGCAUGGACACCUACACCAAAACCAAGACCGGUCUCUCCCCCGAGAUCGCAUUCUUCAAAACACCUCAGGAUGCCAACAUGACAGAAGCACAGAUGCGUGCAUCCAACCGAGCGCCCAUCCCACCCAACGUGGACUGGUACAUCAAAAAGCCGCCCGCAUCCCAUUCGAAGCGUCCCAACCCGCUGAUCGACGCGCGCAACAUCCUGCGACCCGAAACCGUCGAAUCGCUCUUUGUCGGCUUUUCGCUCACGGGUGACCCCAUAUACCGCGAGUGGGGCUGGCAGAUUUUCCAGGCGUUCGAAAAGCACUGCAAGGUCGCAACAGGCGGCUACUCGAGCAUCGACGAUGUGGAUUCGGAUCGACCGACGCAGACCGACAAGAUGGAGACGUUCUGGUUGUCCGAGACGUUGAAGUAUCUGUAUCUGUUGUUCGAGGACAGGGAUCUGUUGCCGUUGAACAAGUGGGUGCUAAACACCGAGGCUCAUCCGUUGCCUGUUUUCCAGCCGACGUUUCCGACUGGGUUCGAAUAG